AUAUGGUUAUACAUUACAUAAAAAUAUAUAAUUAUAAUAAAUACAGCUACUUUAAGAAAUUACUUGUACUAAAAAUUACGCGUAGUUCUGUAAACGAAAACAAUUGUGCCAUGUCAGUUUAUUAAUUCGUGUUAUGGUUUUUGUGAUUUGUGCUUAUGAAAAUUUUGUAUAAUCUUUGAACUUGUUUUUAAUGUAUUCUCAGCAAAGAGAAAAUAUAUUUCGUCGAAAUGUAUUUGUUAUUACAUCGAGAAAUAUAGAUAUUCAAUCUUUGAUGUUCUAAGAACGUAAGUGGUUCAAUACUUUUUACAAUUUCUAAAAAAUGUAUUGAAUAAAAGUUGUAGAAAUAUCAAAGAUGGUGAACAUGGAUCCAUCGAAGAAUACAAGUAAAACCAGUUCUCUCAAGGCGCUCAUCCUUAGAGCUUGGCGUGAACGAUGGACUGAUAUCCAAUGGGGUAUCAAUAUCAAGACAAUUCUGCCAAGAGGAGUUAGUGGUGAUCUGUAUAACCUAGCAGAUUGUAUACUUCAACAAGCUAUGGUGGGAUGUGGUGCCAAUCAAUUAGUAAUAUCAUACCUAAAACACUCGCUGGCAUCACAUCUUGUAUCUUAUGCUGCUGUAUUACAAAGAAUAUCAAAGUUUGAUGCUUUUCACAAACCUCACUGCAUUAUAAGCCUACUCGAAUUUUUAGAAGGUUUCCUUGAUAGCAUAACAUGUAGAGCUAAAAUGGAAGAAGAAGUACUUGCAUAUGCUGUAUCUUCAAUAAUAUUAUGGCUUUUACAAGUAUACCAUUAUUCUUUGAGCAAGUAUCCAUCGUCAAACUCGGUACAAAGUCAAGAAUUACUUGAAAAAUCAACAUCAGUCUUAAAUUCCAUUGUCAAUACAGAUUUUUUAGUGGCAAUGUUUUAUCUUGCGAAACAGAAUGAUCCUGAAGAAUACAAUAAGGUAACUAAAAAAUGUCAAGAAAUUACUACUUUUAUCAUGAUGAAUACCCAGUUUAAAGCUCCAGUGACUAUACAUGAAACCCUACAGAAAAUUUGUAAUAUGGAUAUUGACAAAAUAGCACCACUGAAUAAUAAAACUGAAUCAGUUACUCAUUGUUUACAAGCUUUGAUAGCAAUUGAUAUAUUAUCUAAUCCAAGUGCUGACUUGCAUCAAAUUUCAAGUCAGUUAUUGAUGGUAAAGAGAAUAAAGGGUUAUAGUCUUUCUAGAUUAUAUUGUGAGUUGAUUAGAGCUUGUUUUAUUUCACUCAAUGACUCUAGCAAAGAUGCUUCUAAGCAAGCAUUUUGGGCAGCUUUCACUUUUCUUAAAAUACCUCAAGUUAUGCAUUAUAUACACAAUUUGUGUGGAACAACCAGUAAAGAAGGGGAAUAUUCUGUGGAACUUGUGGAAGCUUUUGAAAAUCUGUUACAGUCUAAUCCUUUGUUGGAUAUUGUUGAUACAAAAAAUUCUUGUAAUAGCAUAGUAUCCCUUGUGGAACCACUAGUAAAAGCAAAUGUCAUGACAGAGAGUCAUUUGCAAUAUUUCAGUAAAAAACGAGAAAAUAAGGAUGUAAAAUUGCAAAAAUUGGAGCCCACAGGUCUUCAGGGAUCAGUACCAUCAUUUAUUACUAAAGCAGAACCAACUUUAGCUGGAAUUUUGAAAACUUUAGGUGGAGAUUUCCAUAAAAUACAUGAGUCACUGUAUGCUUUGUUAUGCCAAAUUGUGGGUGGAGGUACACUAGAAAAAAUUUUAGCUGUCGCCACUUUAGAAGGAAAAUUAAAGUUAAUUGCUUCAAGACUUAUAAAGUUAAAUGAAUUUGCAUUGCAUGCCGCUAGUGAAAAAGGGGCGUCCCAGUCAAAAGUAUACAUUUUUGACAUAUCAUUUUUGAUUCUUUGCUCUAUUGUACAAGAGUAUGGUGCCGAGACAGUUCUUGAAGAAAAUGGAGAUUCAUUUUUUGAGCAAUGGGUAAGAGAUUGCAUGGUAUAUAAAGGAGUUCAUAAAUCACCAGAUCAGAUACUACAAAGAUGUGAUAUUCAACUUGUAGACAUUUUUAUUCAUCAUCUCAGUGCUACUGAGUUUGAUUUUAAAAACACAAAUAUGAAACCCCAUGAUCUCUGUGAAAAUGUAAGUGGUGUUGUUAAAGAAGUUUUAUUUGCAUGGGAACAAGGUUCACUUUCUGCUGCAGAUGUGAAGAGAAUGCUAGAUUCAUUGAGGCAAAAAAUGGCAUCAUUAGCUGUGUGUGCCUCUGCAUGGUUAUGCUCUUAUAUUAAUGUAGUACAUCAGGAUGCUUUCUUAAAACCAAUUAAUAUGGUACAACAAUUUCUAACACCUCCUACUGAGAUGGAGUUAGCACAGAUUGAUAAUUUCAAAGAAAGAUCGGUUUUGAUGUCUCAGAUUAUUAGAAGAAUGCAAUAUGACAUCCACCCUUCUUCAAUUUCAAAACCUAAAAGUAUAUCUCUUUCACAUAAUAUUAUAACAAGACAACCAAUCUUGGAGCAGUUACAAACUGUUUGGGAGGAUAUUAAAUCUAGAGGAUAUCUCCAUAUUAAUGCAACACACAUUGCUGAGAGUCUUCUAAAUACCACUGGACCAAUAUGGUUUGUAACACAUUUAGUGAAAGAAACUCUUAAAUAUAGAUAUCAAGAUGACCUUGACAGGUCUGUAGACAUUGUGUUUGCUAUUUUACAUUUAGAUAUAGAAAAAUGUACUGAAGCUUUGUUGUUGCAUGUGCUACCUCAGUAUUUGUACAAUGCCAAAUUAUCUGAGGAGUUAGUUGAACCACAGUCUGCUGUAUUGGCCAAGUUAUCAGUAUAUUGUGUUUAUGCUGCUCUAGAAUAUAGCAACUCAAAUAAAAGUCAAAGUUCUAGGAAACGCCGUCAUGACGAAUCUGAGGAUAUGGAUCAGAUGAGUUCAACAAAUAAAGUAAGAAGAAUGAAUGACAAUACAUCAGAUAGUAGUGGCGGGUUCUAUUCACAGGGGCAAUCUAUGUCUGGAAUAACUUUAAAAGAACCUCUACAGUCAGCUCUAGAGACACUGUAUAUGUCAUUCUCCCAAUUGGCCGGGAAGAAUGGAGAUGUAUCACCACAGACUCACUUUAUACUCCAAUUUAUGUCGUAUGUUGUCCAAUGUGGACAUGAAAGAGCCCAUUUGGUUUUGCAGAAAAUGCCCAGUGAACUAGUUCCUACAUUAAUAAAAGCUCUUCCCGAUAGUUUUAAUAUAAGCUUGAUUUUGAGAUUGUAUGAUUUGUCGACCCCUUAUGGAAGAAAAGAUACCGCAAGAGAUCUCUGUCUUUUGAGAAAUAUGCGUUUGAGACCUGAUUAAAAUAUAUGGAAUGGGUUGUUAAUUGCUUUUACAGAAAAUCGUGACAAAUUAUUGUCCAUUUUAGUAGUUAUUAAUAAAUUAUAAGUAUAAUAAUUUGUUUACUAUGCAAGCUCCUUAGACUGUCAUUAUUUUAACUCAAUUCUUUCAGAUUUGCUAUCUAAAUCUGUUUCAAUAAAUUUUUACCUUUUAUUUUUUGUUAUAAUAAAUGAAAUUAUAAUUGAUGUCUAAGAGUUUAAAUGUAUACCCAUGAGUAGAAAAUAAAUUGAUAAUAAUUGUCAUUAAGAUUAAUUAUAUAUUUAUAUUAAAU